AUGAAGCUCUCCAGCUUCAAGCAGCCCGUCUCCGAUGCCCCGCUACCGCCGCGCACGCCCUCUCCGAUCCUCCGUUUCGUCGAGCCUCUUACGCCUACCUGCCCCACCGCAUACAAAGAUGGUCCAUUGUUCCCGAACAGCAGUGCCAGCGGCCUUGUCGAGGCCCUCCAGAACUACGGCUGGUCGGUCAGCAAUGCCCACACAGGCAAGCGCGCGAGCUCUGAGAAGGUGCCCAGCGUCAGUGUAAAAGCUGAAAGGGCGGCGCAGUCGUCGCGCCAGACGAACGGCCAUGGCAGCCGGUCAUCCUCACACGGCUCUCCCAUAGACGCGCUGGCCGACAUUGCCUCCUCCAUGGCGCCAAGUCCACUGCUCGCUACUCCCGCCGCCUUUCCUCACUCCCAGCCCUCUCCACGGACGUCUGCCCGCCCCACUGGUUCGAGCUCACGGCACUCGCACGCCGCUUCGGAUGGUCACAACUACCGCUACAAUCAGGGCUAUACCUAUGGUUACGACCACGGCUAUGGAUGCGAUGAGCGCCCGUCCAAACGCGCGCGCUCAGAGGUCGCGCUGUCCGAGCAGUACAACCAAACCACAGCCAGGCCAUUCACCAGUCACACCCAGGCUCCUGCUGUUGAGCCGCCCUACAGUGUCGAGCAGGGACGUUCGCUAUUCCCGGAGCAAGCGGCUUAUCCUUCGUUUCCGACCAACAACGAUGAAAUGGACAUCGCACAGGUCCUCCUGGGCCUGAGGAAUGGCAGCAUAGACAACGGCCGCGGCGCACGGAGGUCUAUAGCUGCUCCUCAGGCUCAUUACAGCCAAACUGGGUUGUCCGCUUGGUACGAGAUGCCCACGCAAGCUUAUCGUCCAGGAGAGACGCAGUAUCAAGGGUUCUCCGAGAACCAGUACCGGCCCCGCCCUCACGCAAAUUCAUUCUCUGCACCCAGGCCUGAACCGCUGCUCAACGGGUCAGAAAUGAACGAGGCCAAGUUUGGCCCGUCAAGUUCAUCCGCAGUGCAGACGCACACACCGCCUGAUGAAACGUACGACCCGUCAACCGCUCACGCUAUCCGCGACGACCCUGUCGAACACAAAAAAGGAAAAGGCAACCAAGGAUGGCCGAAAGGCAAGCCGAGAGGCCCUCGGAAGAGUACGGCAGGAAAGAAAAGCAAGGCCGCUGCCGCCGCGAACGACGGCAUGCUGGUUCCCGUCAGGGAGGGUGGCUCAGAUCAGCUGCAAUCGCCUCAGAGUCUACCUGGUGAACCCGCGGAGCCCCCCGCUCUGGAGAACAAGCCUACAAUCGCUCAUCCGCGUGUUGCCACAUACGACAUUUCACAGGCACGUUCAGAUGUCGAAACCGCCAGGCGACGUAGCUCUUUCGGUAUGUACAGUCCGCCGAGUGCAGAGGAGGACAAGGUCGAUUUGGGAAGAGCGUCUUCCGUGCCAGCAGAGACGUCCAUGACGAUCAGACCGGCGCUAAAUUCCGGCAAACUGCAACCAGCUGCACCAGAGGAGGAAGUUACGAUAUGUGCCGGUUGCCAUUUCUCUCGAGGACCGUCUACCGGACAGAAGGACCAGUGGAUCGGUUGUAACGGAUGCCAGAAUUGGUACCAUUUCGCAUGCGCGGGGUUCAAGAAUGCUAAGGAAGUGAGCAGUGUGGAUAAGUAUUUCUGCCGCACUUGCAGGCCAAAGUACGGUCCUACGACGUUUGUUCGGAAGUCAAAACGCGCUCAAGCAGGUGUUCGUGUAGACUAUGCCGGUCUCAACGAGGGUGUUUUCCGUACUUCCGAAGACGAGUACGAACAUCACUACAUCCAAUUGAUCAAGGAUGGUGCGUUUAACUUCCAGCCGGAGACUUUCCCACGGAUGCGCCCGGAGCUCGUCACGGCGGAAAAUUUCGAAAAGAGCGGCGGUUUCAGAGAACCCAUCGUGAUUCCUGCAUGUUGGAAUACUCGACCGUCUUUUCCUGGGGCUCAAGCAACGACGACCCACGUCUCAACUGAUUCUCAGCAACAAGCAGGGCCAUCUGACGAUUUCUACGAAGAUGUCGAGUACGAGACAGUCGCCAAUGAGGGCCAAGACUCCCUUGACAUGGUCAUACCUCAAGGGUUGACUGUCCGCCGAGUCGCCGAGCUUUACGGUCCCGAGGAAAAAGUCGAAGUUAUAGAUGUCAAAUCCCAAGAAGGUGAAGACAGGAGAUGGAACAUGAGUAAGUGGGCGGACUAUUACGAAGAAGAGGGCGAGAAGCCUGUCCGCAACGUCAUCAGCCUCGAAAUCUCACACAGCAAACUCGGUCGCCUGAUCAGGCGGCCGAAGGUCGUUCGCGAACUCGAUCUCCAGGAUGCAGUGUGGCCGGAAGAGGAGACAGCUCGCGGCGUGUUCCCUAAGGUGCAAUUCUACUGCCUCAUGUCCGUCGCAGAUUGCUACACGGACUUCCAUAUCGACUUCGGAGGAUCUUCAGUAUACUAUCACAUCAUCAAGGGCAAGAAAACCUUCUUCUUCAUCCCGCCAAAGAAGCAGCACCUCAAGAAGUACGAAGACUGGUGUUUGUCUCAGGCGCAGAACUGGACUUUUCUCGCAGACGAAACGAAGGAGUGCUACCGAGUAGAUCUGUCCGAGGGAGACACGAUGCUCAUCCCGUCCGGUUGGAUCCACGCCGUAUGGACUCCGGAGAACAGCCUGGUCAUCGGUGGCAACUUCCUCACGCGGCUCAACUAUGGCAUGCAGAUCCGUGUCGCCGAAAUCGAGAAGAACACCAAGGUGGCUAGGAAGUUCCGUUACCCUCACUUCCAAAAGGUACACUGGUACACGGUCCUUCAGUACCUUCACCGCGAUCCUCUGCCGCAGUCCGUCAUGCAACUCUUCUACGAAGGCAAACAGUUUUCCCGCGAAACUCCGAUCUGGAUGGAACCGAAUAAAUUUGGACACAAUUCCGACUUGGGCCCGGAGAACUACAAUGCGCGAUACUAUUCACGCAGCGAGCUUGACGGGCUGCCUGACCUCGUCAGCUACAUUUUCCGAACGGUCAUGAUUUCCCAAGGCCGCGUCGAAGGAAUCACUGCCGAGGUGCGAAAUGCGGUCACCAAGUCUAUCCCCAAAACGGCCGGAGAUCCUCUGGAGAUUAUCAAGACUUUCGCCAUGUGGGUUGCCUGGAAGCGUGGAAACGAAGAUAUUCCUCAGUGGGCCCACCCGGACGCCAUCCUCCCGGAAGUCGGAGAAUCAGGUGGAGAGAAGAAGCUCAGCGCGGCCGCAUUGAAAAGAAUGGAACGCAAGGCUUUCAUCGAUGCUUUCCGUCUUCCGGAGCGGGUCUCUGCACGACAGCAAAAGAAGGCGCAGGAUGCCGAGGCCGAGGGCACUGUUGCUGGGAGCCCUUCCAGCCAACCUGUCAAGCACACCAGCACCCCCAAGACUUCUGUUCUCGGACCUAAGCGUAUAGCAUGCGAUGCGUGCCGGAGGCGCAGGAUCAGAUUUGUUAUCCCCAGCUCCGCCAACGGCAUGCAUAUGAACGGCUCCCCGAGAGUGGACCCUCAGCUCACAGCAGCCCUUGCAACCACUUUCGAUGGGCAAGCCCAACAAGAGACUCCGGACGGCAAACGUGGACGGAGUAAGGCUUGCCUGGACUGUCGCAAGAGCAAACGCCGCUGCAUCCACGACGAGCAUGGAAACAUCGAUCCGAUAAAGGCACAAGAGGCUCCCAUCCCUCGAGGGACCCAGAGCUCCAAGAAGCGGCGCGUCAGCGGGGCUGGAGACGAGGCCGACACUAUCAAAAAGCCCAAGAAAGAAUCUCGACCGAGCAUCAGUCUGCCGAGUGGUGUUUCUCUGUUCGACCAUGAUGUCAUGCCGAACGGGCAACAUCAGCAAGGCACAGAGCCGCAAGCGCAAGGAGCGAUGGAGGUCGUGGACGAUGUUCACAUGUCAGACGCACCCCCAGUGCAACCUGUGGCCGAUAUUGUCCCAGAGAGCUAUCCGACAAACAUUGAGACCAUCGAGGAAGCGGUCGACCAGGUCAUGACCAACGGUAUCGACCACGUCGAGCCUUCGCCAAAACAAGCCACCGUCGAGCCUACGCCUGCAAGUGACAUUGCCCUUCCAACCACGGAAAGCGUCCCGGAGCAUGCGGUGUCGGCAGAACAUCAGCACUCUACGAUCAGGCAAUCACCGCCUCCGCCUAAAUCUGGACAAGCGAACGGCGUGGAGCCUUCAUCUCCUCUCACAGACCUGGCCAACUCUGCUUCUCCAGAGCAUACCCGCCAGAGGCAUGAAGUCCAGCCUGUUCCCGUAUCACCAUCCGAGCGUCGUCAUUCUUCUCGUGCUUCUCGACCGGUCGACCGCUACUCCACAGUUAGCAGCACCGGCGGCGGCAGGAAUUCACAACCUCCUUCGGCUAGCAAAGGUCGCCCGAAGAGCCGCACGCCAGGUUCGAUUGUAGGGGCCAAGCAAGACUCUGCCGUCACACCGACCCAGCGGCGGCGAGCGUCGAACGCGAGCGUCGAGAUGAAUGCAAUGGGAAGUGGUGGGAAAAGGAGUGUCAAGAGCGAGGAUGUGGAGUCUUCGAAACAAAGAGCGAUGAGUGUAUCACAAGCGGGUCUACCGGAGGAAGAUGAGGCCAGCCUGCGGCUUAUCAGGGAGAUCAUGGGCGAGGAAAGGGGCCUGCGGAGAAGGGGGAGCAGGUAA